ACGGCUCGCGCGGAGCGGCUCAGGGGGACGCGCGCGCGUGGAAUGUUGGAGUUUUUUGGGUUUUUUUUUUCUUUUUUUGAAAUGAAACCGAAUUUUUAACGAACUUUUAACGGAUUUUUCCUCCGCUUGUCACUUUGUUUCUUCGGCUCGGCUGUUGCGUCACUGAUGGAAUCCCUCUUCCCCGGGCGCGCGCUGGGCUCCCGUCCGUAAAGCCGUUCCUCUGAGUUUUUUUGUUUAUUGUUGUUUUUUUGUUUUUGUUUGUUUGUUUAUUUGUCCGCCUCUGCGUCGCCGAUGGGGUCCCUCGCGCGCGGCUUGUGAGUGAGUUUUAAGGGGGACCCGGUCACUUUUCUAAUCGUUUCUUAUCCGUUUAUUUUUGUUUGAUAUUAUCGUUUCGUUUCGUUAUCGUUGUUAAUGUUAUUCGUUUACGUCUGUUUCUUAUUGGUUCACGUGGUGUUUGUUGUUUUCGGUCAGCGCGGCUCCUUUUCCCGUGAUCACGCGUCAGGACGAGCGCGUGGACGGCCGUUUUGAAGUCUUGAGAGCCGCGCGAGGGCUCGAGAGCUUCCCGUCACCGGCCCGCACGUGGCGGCCAGUGUCCGGGUGCCAUAGCAACGCUUCACACCUGGACUGGACAGUUUAAUUACGAAUGCUUUGAUCGUGCGCGCGAGCAUCGUUUCGGGCGGACGUCGCGGGAGCUGCUCGCAUCCACAGGGCUCGCGGAGGGGAUGGUGUGCGUGUGCGCGUGAGCGGAGGAGAUGGGAGCGGCGGGGCGGCGCGUGCUGCACCGCUGCUGCUGCGCGCUCGCACUCAUCUGCAGCCUCGCGCUGCUCGAGGCGAAAAUACUGGAGCCGGUGGAGUGGAGCACUCACAACAGCAGGUUCGUUCCUGGGAAAGGUCUGGUGAUUUACCCUGUGAUUGGAGAUAAGUUGGACAUCAUGUGCCCACGUGGUUCCGUGAGCCGGCCGUACGAGUUCUAUAAACUUUACCUGGUGAGGAAAGACCAGGCGGAGUCCUGUAGCACCGUUCUGGACCCCAACGUACUGGUCACCUGCAACAAACCCGAAAAGGACAUCAAAUUCACCAUCAAGUUCCAGGAGUUCAGCCCCAACUACAUGGGCCUGGAGUUCAAACGCAACGUCAACUACUUCAUCACCUCCACCUCUAAUGGAACACUGGAGGGUUUGGAGAAUAGAGAAGGAGGAGUGUGUAGCACCAGAUCCAUGAAGAUCAUCAUGAAAGUGGGACAGGACCCAAACACUGCCGACCUGGCGCCGACAGACGGUCCGGACCGAGAUCAGGACAACGAGAUUAAAGACCCAACAACCAGCCCGGCCAGGAAGAAAGAGAGAGACAAAGAUAGAGAGCGAGACAGACCCAUACAGCCUGGGAGUAAAGACACGAGAAACGGUGCUGGUUCUGGGUCAGGUUCUGGUUCCGGUUCUGGUUCCGGUUCCGGUUCGAGUUCCACCGAUGGAUUUUUCGGUUCCAAGCCCGCCGUGUUCGCCUCCAUCAGCGCCGGCUGCCUCGUCUUCAUCCUCAUCAUCAUCAUCCUCGUCGUACUGCUGCUCAAGCUGCGCAAGAGGAGCCGCAAGCACUCGCAGCCGAGGGGCGGGGCAGCGCUGUCGCUCAGCACGCUGGCCCCGCCCAAAGGCUCCACCCACGGCGGGGCGGAGCCCAGUGACAUCAUCAUCCCGCUGCGCACCAGCGAGAACAACUACUGCCCGCACUACGAAAAAGUGAGCGGAGAUUACGGACAUCCGGUUUACAUCGUCCAGGAAAUGCCCCCCCAGAGCCCCGCCAACAUCUACUACAAGGUCUGAGAGAGGGAGAGAGGGAAGGAGAAGGAGAGAGAGAGAGAGAGGGAAAGAGAAAGAGAGAGAUAAACGCGAACAUCCUCAAAAAAUAUCUUCAAACGAGACAGCGAGGAACAUGCCGGAUCCUUUGUCUUUCAUGUUUUCAAAACUGUUUGGAGAUUCUGGGGAUGAAAGGAUGGAAGGAGGGAAAAGAGAGGGAUGAAAACAGACGAAUGAAGGACUAAACGGAUUAGAGGAAAAAGACGAACGUGUCUUCGGAUGAGAAGAUGCAUCCUUUUUUUUCCCUCUCACAUUUUUAACCCGUUCGGAGGUCUGGAGAUGAAAGGAUGGAAAAGAGAGGGAUGGGAAGAAGACGAGUGACGGACUACGGUUGUGGAAGAGCGAGAGAAAGAGGUUGAUAAAGAGAAAGCGACGGAUACAUCUUCUCAUAAGAUGAGAGGGGAGAUGUGGCGUCUUUCUCUCGUCGAGCCUCUCUGGACAUGAAAGGAUGGAAGGAAGAGAGAGGGAUGAAAAACGAGCAGUGAAGGAUAAAUAGAUUUUGCACUUGUUUCCUCUCGGCCGUGUGUCUCUCUCUCUCCCAGUCCGACCUCUACAGACUCAGGCUGUGGACUUUUAUUAUGGAAAAUCCUCCAGCCAAUCACGGACAGACUUGGGCUGUUUGUUUUUUUCACGUUAGUUAUUUUAUUUUUAGUUUAUUUCAGUUUUUUUUCUGUUUUAAACCACUUUCAUCACUCGUUUCCACUCCUUCACUCGUUUACCCAAGAAUUUCUCUGUGCUUUGGCGGUUUAGUCCCCCUGACACACACACACACACACACACACACACACAGAUACGGACACACACACAGAGAGACACGGACACACACACACACACAGUCACAGUCACAGACACACGCAUACACACAGACACACACACACAC